ACUAAUUAGGUCGCAGACUUGCCCACUAGCCACUGACAAAAGCCAGCCAGUGUGUUUAUUUUAUCUCUUAGAUAUCUGUAUAAAUAUAGAUGGUAUCUUGCUAGAAAUCCCGCAUUCUUCUUCUACUAAUAUCUCACUAUAUUGGCACCGUCUUCUCUACUGAGAACCCCCUCUGUCUUUUUCUCUUUCUUCCAUCUCCCUCUAAGGGGUUUUCAAAAAAAAAGAAAAAAGAAAAAAGACGAUGAUGAUGAAUCUAAGCAUGGUGGAGGCAAAGUUGCCACCAGGGUUCAGGUUCCACCCAAGAGAUGAAGAGCUGAUAUGUGAUUACUUGAUGAAAAGGGUAGCAUGCUGUGAUCAACCUCCGCUCAUGAUCGAGGUUGACCUCAACAAGUGUGAACCUUGGGAUAUUCCUGAAAAUGCGUGUGUAGGGGGGAAGGAGUAUUAUUUCUACAGCCAGCGUGACCGGAAAUAUGCAACUGGAUUGAGAACAAAUAGAGCUACGUUAUCGGGAUAUUGGAAGGCCACCGGAAAAGACAGGCCGGUGCUGCGCAAGGGUACCCUGGUGGGGAUGAGGAAAACCUUGGUGUUCUAUCAAGGGAGAGCACCAAAGGGAAGGAAAACUGAUUGGGUGAUGCAUGAGUUCCGCCUGGAAGGUCCCUUUGGCCCUCCUAAACUCUCCUCUCUCAAGGAGGAUUGGGUGUUAUGUAGGGUUUUCUUCAAGAAUAGAGACAAUAAUAUUAUUGCUGCCAAACAAGACAUGGACAUGAACAGCUACGAUGGUGAGACUAGCCCUUCACCUUUGCCCCCAUUAAUGGAUCCCUACUUCAAAUUCGGCCAAACUCAGACCAAUACCAACGAGCACGAGCAAGUGCCCUGCUUCUCCAUUUUCUCAUCCGACCAAGCCAACAACAACAGCCAGCCCUUCUCAUACCUCACCCAUAUGGACCUUCCCAACUUUUCCACCAAGAAUAUGCCCACUUUUAAUUUUGGAGGUAUACCAGAUUUUGGAGCAUAUUUCAGCUCCUCUUGCUGUGAACAAAAGGUCAUAAAGGCUGUCUUGAACCAACUUACGAAGCUGGAAAAUGCCUCCCCAAACGUCAAAGGCUCUCCAAGCUUUGGGGAAGCAAGUACCUCCGACAGUUUUUUAUCUGAAGUGGCGCUUUCUACCAUGUGGAAUAACCAAUACUGAUUCACUCCAACGCUGCGGAGCUGGGCCGGGUCGUUCCGGGCCGGUGGGAUUAUUUUUUUACAAAUUAAAAUUAAUUCCAUUGCUCUAGGUUAUGUACA